CCGCCCACUUCCUGAAUCCAGCAUGUUUCCUAUUCUCCCAUGCUUUCCCGCACAAUGGCAUCUGCUGAGCUGCACGAGGAUCUGAGCUGCUCCAUCUGCCUGAACCUUUAUACGGAUCCGGUGACACUGAGAUGUGGACACAACUUCUGCCAGCUGUGCAUCGAAAGAGUUCUGGAAGUUCAGAAGGAUUUAGACAGCUACUCGUGUCCUGAAUGCAGAGCAGAGUAUGCAGAACGCCCCCUGCUGGAGAAGAACAGGAAGCUGUGUGAUAUAGCAAAACAUUUCCUUGGUACUCAGACACACCCGAAGGGGUCUGGGGUCGCCUGUACUUACUGUGUGCACGCUCCCAUCCUAGCCGUCAAGACGUGUCUUCAAUGCGAGACUUCCCUGUGUGGCGUCCACCUGACUAUCCACAACAGCGCCGUGGAUCACGUUCUGAUCGAGCCCAUCGAUUCCCUGGUCAGCAGGAAAUGUCAGACCCACAACAAGCUCCUGGAAUACCACUGCUGCAAAGAUGAUUGCUGUAUUUGUGUGUCCUGCUUUGCUGUAGGAUCCCACAGAACGCACGACGUGGAGACCCUGAAUGAGGCCGUGACGAAGAAGAAAGGUAGAGUCAAAGUGGUCCUGAAUAAGUUAACUUCCCAGGUGGAAGGCAUUGAGAAACAAGUCCAGAAUCUACUGGACCUCCAGACCGUUGAACACAAAAAAUCCUCCGAUGUUAAAAAGGGAGUCACAUCCCUUUUCGAAGAUGCCAGGAAACAGCUGGAGGAAAAGGAAGCCUGGAUCCUGGGCGUUAUCUUUAAACAGGAAGACAAAAUUGAUUCUAAAAUCUCACAUCUUAUCCAAAAGCUGGAGACGCAAAAGCAAUCAAUGUUUGAGAAGAUGCGUCAGCUUGAGGAGCUUUGCAAGACGACGGACCCAUUGCUCAUCCUGCAAGACAAGGAAGCGGAUGGCAAAGGUUUGGUUGGCCUUGCGGACCUCAGUAUUGGAGAAAAGACGAUUAAAGAAGAGGUCAGCUCAGAAAUGAGAUUCGAUGAAGGUUUGAUUACGUCAAGCUUGCAUGUGGCCCUGUCUGAUUUAAUGUGCAAAAUGAAGAAAGCAUCGUAUAUAACUAAGUCGGCGGAUCUAAUGCUGGAUUCUGACACGGCAUGCAACAAUGUCCUUGUCUCAGGAGAUCAAAAGGUUGCUUCCUGGGUAAGUGGGGCGCUAAAACGACCGGUCAGUUCAAAGCGUUUCACAGCUUACUGCCAGUUGUUUGCCAAGAAUUCUUUUCUUAAAGGAAAGCAUUACUGGGAAGUGGACACCAGUGAAUCAGCCUUCUGGAUGGUGGGCUUGGCAUAUGCCUCCUUACCACGUGAGGGCCCAAGGUCGAAGAUUGGAGACAAUAAAUAUUCCUGGUGCAUGAACAGGGCAGAGAUGGGCUAUCUUGUGAUUCACGACUCGCUUGUGACCAAUCUUCCUCUCAAAUCUCCCGUUCUAAGAUUAGGAAUAUACCUGGAUUAUGAAGCUGGUUUUCUGUCUUUCUACCAGCUGUGUGACUCGGCCAAACUCCUGUUCACCUUCCAUGCCACCUUCACCGAACCUCUACACCCUGCUUUUGUGGUAUGGAACGAUGGCUGGAUCAAGGUUAAAAACUAGAAUAAUCAUCAUCGUUGCCAACUGACUAGACUAAUUUUCAGGAACACUUUUUCUAAGCUGUUUUUAAAGUUUUUAAAGUGAUUCUAUCAUGGUAGAAAUUGGUGUUUUUGGCCUUCUUCUAAAAAUGCGAAUUGGCUGGUUGUGUAUGACGUCAAGUGGUGUACAUACUUUCUUUCAUCCUUCAUGAUAUUGUACAGUAUAUUGCUUCUCCAAUCUUUGUCACAAUAUUCAGAUAUAUAAAAAAUGUAUUUUUGUCCUGUUA